CCCACCUCGCGCUGCCCCCAGCCAACCGGCGCGCUCGCGUCCGGCCGCGGCCGGCGUCGGGUUCCGGCGGUGGGCGGCGGCGUCCGCCUGUCCGGGCCCGGGGCUGGCGGCCGGAGGUCAGGUUGCUCCGAGGCGGCGGCUGGACGGUGGCUCCCCGGGCCGAGCAGCGGGUAGGGCGGGCAAGCGCUGACGGGACGGCGAUCCUCGGCCGCGCGUCCCCUCCGGGCCGCCGUAGGCGUCACGUGACCGCCGGGCGAGCGCCAUGGCGGCGCCGAAGCCGCUGUCCCGCUUCUGGGAGUGGGGGAAGAACAUCGUGUGCGUGGGCAGGAACUACGCGGAGCACGCGCGCGAGAUGCGCAGCGCCGUGCCGCGCGAGCCCGUGCUGUUCCUGAAGCCGAGCAGCGCCUACGCGCCCGAGGGCGCGCCCGUGCUCGUGCCCCCCUACACGCGCGACCUGCAGCACGAGCUGGAGCUGGGCGUGGUGGUGGGCGCGCGCGCGCGCGCCGUGCCCGAGGCCGCGGCCAUGGACUACGUGGCCGGCUACGCGCUGUGCCUGGACAUGACGGCCAGGGACGUGCAGGACGAGUGCAAGCGGCAGGGGCUGCCCUGGACCCUGGCCAAGGGCUUCACCUCCUCCUGCCCCGUGAGCGCCUUCGUGCCCAAGGCGCGCGUGCCCGACCCGCACCGCCUGCGCCUCUGGCUGCGGGUCAACGGCGAGCUCAGGCAGCAGGGCGACACGGCCGCCAUGCUCUUCUCCGUCCCCUACCUGGUCAGCUACGUGUCCCGGGUGCUGACGCUGGAGGAGGGGGACCUGCUGCUGACCGGGACGCCCGAGGGCGUGGGGCCCGUGAAGGAAGGCGACACGAUCGAGGCGGGCAUCGAGGGCGUGGUCAGCAUGCGGUGCGAGGUGCGGCCGUGGCAGGCCUGAGCGCGCCCAGGCCCGGCGUCGCCAGCUGCAGCAGCGGGACCGGCCGUCUUGUGCGCAGUCUAGGAAGUGGACUAGCCCAGGGGCCCGGAGGAGCUGGGACCCUGCGGAGAAGAAUCUCAAGGCUUCGUGACCGUGGCCGAAACUGGACUCCAGGGGCGUCGCCCUAGAAAGGGCAGAACCGCGGGCCACGCCGCCGUCCCAGGUCCCUGGACUUGGCCAUCAGCAGGGGACCGCGGGCCACGCCGCCGCCCCAGGUCCCUGGACUUGGCCAUCAGCAGGGGACCGCGGGCCUCGCCGCCGUCCCAGGUCCCUGGACUUGGCCAUCAGCAGGGGACCGCGGGCCUCGCCGCCACCCCAGGUCCCUGGACUUGGCCAUCAGCAGGGGACCGCGGGCCACGCCGCCGUCCCAGGUCCCUGGACUUGGCCAUCAGCAGGGGACCGCGGGCCACGCCGCCGUCCCAGGUCCCUGGACUUGGCCAUCAGCAGGGAACCGCGGGCCUCGCCGCUGCCCCAGGUCCCCCGGGUCAGCUAUGGUGUUCAUGUGCAGGAACUGUGCCCACGCGGCCACGGGAUAGUCAGGGAGAGGUGGAGAGAAAGCAGGUGGAGAGGUCGCGGCUGGCUUGAGGGGUCUGCCUUAGCCCUUGGAUCCGGUGUUGGGAGGGUAGUUUCCUAAUUCUGUUAGCCAAAUAAAUCUGUUUUGUGUGGC